AUGUUGGCAGUCAAAUCAUCAAUGCGUUGCUUUUCAACCACCGCUCCUGCGUUUAAAACGAUUAAAAUUGGGUUAAUCCCCGGUGACGGAAUCGGAAGAGAAGUGAUCCCGGCUGGACAAAAGGUGUUAGAAAGCUUACCUUCCAAAUACGACUUGCAAUUUGAGUUUGUCCAAUUGGAUGCUGGUUAUGAAUUGUUCAAAAAAACUGGAACUGCAUUGCCAGAGAAAACGGUAGAUACCUUGAAAAAUGAAUGUGAUGGUGCCUUGUUUGGUGCUGUUUCUUCCCCAACUACAAAAGUAGCUGGAUACUCAUCCCCAAUUGUCGCCUUAAGAAAAAAGUUGGGCCUCUAUGCCAAUGUACGUCCAGUGAAAUCGGUCAGAGGAAUUGGAAGACCAGUUGAUAUGGUCAUUGUUCGUGAGAAUACUGAAGAUUUGUAUGUCAAGGAUGAAAAAACUUACGAAAAAGAAGAUGGAACCAAAGUUGCCGAGGCAAUCAAGAGAAUCACCGAAACUGCGCUGAAAAGAAUUGCCAAGAUGGCCUUUGAUAUUGCUGUUCAAAGACAAGCUAUUAGAGACGCAUCAGCAUCAAGUGAUCAACUUCACACGUCGCCAUCAGUUACAGUCACCCACAAGUCAAAUGUUUUGUCCCAAUCCGACGGUUUGUUCCGUGAAUCUUGUAGGGAAGUCUACGAUGCAAACAAGGAUAAGUACAAGGAUGUUGAAUACAAGGAGCAAAUUGUUGAUUCAAUGGUCUAUAAAAUGUUUAGAGAUCCAGAAGUUUUCGACGUCGUUGUUGCACCAAAUUUAUAUGGUGACAUUUUGAGUGAUGGCGCCGCUGCCUUGGUUGGAUCCUUGGGUGUAGUUCCUUCAGCUAACGUUGGUGAUUCAUUUGCUAUUGGUGAACCUUGCCACGGAUCUGCUCCAGAUAUUGAAGGAAAGGGUAUUUCAAAUCCAAUCGCUACCAUAAGGUCUACUGCUUUGAUGUUGGAGUUCAUGGGUCACGCAGAAGCUGCCGCAAAAAUCUAUGAAGCUGUUGACGCAAACUUGGCUGAAGAUAAAAUCAAGACACCAGAUUUGGGUGGUCAAUCAUCUACGAAUGAGGUUGUUGAAGAUAUUAUCAAAAGGUUUUAA